AUAAGCUCAGCCUGUUGCUGCUUUGGUUUGUUUUGGUUGUUAUCUGGACCCUUAUUCUUCUCUGUCACGUGACUUCACAUUUUACACACAUAAAAAAAAAGGCAGAGAGAUGCAUUAAACACCCAGAGUUCAAAUAAGUACAAAGUGAAGCUUCAUUGUGCUGCCAGUAAUCUUCUGACAGUGAUUUCAGAUGGAUAGCAACGAGCGAAAUGGCCUUCCUCACCACAGGAAACCUUAUCUGGCCGUCGCCCUGGAUGAAGCUCAGCUGGACGUUCUGGGGCAGCGAGUAGAAAAGAAGUCCCAGUCAUUGUUGGAGAGGGUGAAGGCACAAUGUUGGUGUUCUGGUCCCAGGAUGAAGAACCUCCUGCUGGGCUUCAUUCCCGUCCUGUCAUGGCUGCCGCGGUACUCCAUCAGAGAAAACACUGUUGGAGAUCUGAUGUCUGGAGUCAGUAUCGGGAUCAUGCCUCUGCCGCAGGAUCGUCCUGGGCACCAUCCUGUCGGUGCAGAUGGAUCUGGCUGCACAGCAUGGAGUCCAGGUGGUGGGACACAUACCCAGUGGCUUGUCUCCUCCAGUCCUUCCCUCCAUCUCUCAGACCAGAGAACUGUUCAUUCCUGUGCUGUCCACAGCUCUGGUGGGAUUCAGUUUCCUCUCAGCGAUGGGUUCAGUAUUCGCCAACAAACACAGCUACCGGUUCGACCCCAAUCAGGACCUGCUGGCUCUGGGUAUUUGCAACACCAUUGGAUCCAUGUUUCAGUGUUUUGCCAUCAGCUGCUCCUUUUCUCGCAGUGUGGUCCAGGAAAGUAUUGGUGUCAAAUCACAGGUACUGUUUUUUAAAAAGACAUAAAACCCUCAAACCACCUUCAUCUGUGAACUUUUUUAAAGUAGGGAAAUACUUCAAACUAACAUCUAAUCCUUUAAAUCUAGCUUUAAAAUGAGCUUGUCUCCUUUAUUGUCUACCUUCCUUCACUGUUUGUCCUUCUGUUGCGUUUUCUAUCUCUACUUAGAUGGCAGGUCUGGUAUCAGCUCUGAUGAUUCUGACCAUCCUGUUGAAGAUCGGUCAUUUCUUUAAGCAGCUGCCAAAAGUAAAGUGAAAAUAUGCUCAUUUACAAAAUUGUUUUUAGGUUUUCAAACACUGCUGUGUUGUAAUAGUUGUUGUACAUCUUCCAGAAUGCUCCCAAAAAUAUGGAAAUGGAAUUUUUAGAUGAUUUUUGAUUUUCUUUCAAAGACUUUGUGUCAAAUAAAAACGCAUUUGCUUUGGCGAUGGGAACAAAUGCAAGUUUACAAAUAAGCACAAAUAAGUUUGUUUUUGCUGUGUUCGAGCCACUGAGGUUUUCUAUAAAGCAGCACUAUAAAUUAUAGAGCACAUCAGUGAAGAUGUUUUAAGAAAUUUCGAGUCCUUCCAGCUUAAUGAGGAUGACGCACGUGUUCAGUAACGGCUUCCUGUGCACCAGGCAGUGCUGGCAGUCAUCAUCGUGGUGAACCUGCAAGGGAUCCUGGCUCAGUUCAAACAUGUGUGUCUGUACUGGAAGGCUGACAGAUUAGACUUGCUGGUGUGGGUUGCAUCGGUUAUUUCCACCCUGAUCUUUAACCUGGACCUGGGUCUGGCUGUGGCUGUCAUCUUCUCUCUGCUCGCUCUCAUCUACAGGACGCAGCAGUCAGUAAAUAUCCGUUUACAGCCCCUCAUGGAGCAUUUUACACCAAUAAAUCCAAACAAAAUACAACAUUUGGCAGCCUUUCCCAGCAUUUUAAUCUACAUUUAUGGGGUUAAAAUGGAAAUAGAGUGUUAAUAAUUGGUCUACAGGUGAACCUCCAGCUCUGACAGACAAAUUCCCAUGUAGUCUUUACUCAUCCUGACUGGUAUCUCCAAAAUGAGAAUGUCACAGAUUAUUUGGAGUUCAACAAUUCAACAAUUAAGCUGAGUUAUAUGGAAGUCACUCUACUAAUGUUUCCCAACAACUAAGACAAACGUACAUAAAAUGAUAAAUGAUAUCAUAAGAGCUCAUGAUUGGUUUUACUUUCACAAGAAUUGGUCUGGAACCUCUCAUAGGGCUUUUUUAAAGACAGAUGGCCAGUUUGGUUAUAAACCAAACACCCUGAAGUGAAACAAAAUAUUUCAACAGCAGCUCUAGUUCCAAAUUCAAGUGCUGUAUGUGGCAGUUUUUGCAAAAGUUUUCAGCAAUUUUUGUGUACAAUUAGCUUUUUUUCCAACCAGGGCCCUCAAGCUUCUGCUGAAAUUGAAUACAUGUUUAUACUAAAACCUAGAAAAGUGCUGCUUCCUCCUCAGAAGGAACUAGUUUAUUUGUAACCCAGUAGAUAAUUUAAUGUCACUGUAUUUCUGUAUUAUUAUCUGUUUAUGAGAGUGAGAAUGUCUGUUGAAUUUGGCUCUUCUGGGCUACCUUAAGAAAUGCCGACAUGUGAUUGGUUAGAGGAAAAUAAGUCCCGCCCUGUUCACGGAAGAGCCAGGUGGACCUAGCUGGAUUGUCAGCACGAGCCGAGUGUGCUGCGGUGCAGAAACUAGUAAUUCCAGAAUAAAUUGUUGUCAGUUUUUAAUGAGUCCUGAGUAAACUUGAACAGACCAUAAUGUGAGUGAACGAGGUGAUUCACAGUCCCGUGCGCCAGGAGUUUGUUACUUUUGGCGGAGUCUUGGUGAGUUAAUGGAGCUCAGCUAACGCAGCUAGCCACAUUAGCCAUGUUAGAGUUGACACGACGGCUAGUACGCAGCAUGCUAUUUUGUUGACAGAUGUAACUGACCUUAUUUACAGUUAUGAUGUUAAUGCUGAGUAUUGGAGCUACAGUUAAAGCACCGUAUUUCUGCACUGGUGAUUUUAUAAGAAAAUAUGAGAUAUGAGUGGAAGUUAAGUCCUUUUACUUCCAUGGUGGAUGUAUUUCUCCUUAAGUUCUGUCUGUGUUUAAUACUGUUCACUAGGUUGUUUAAAUACUGAAUGUGUGUAUAUGUGCUGUCACUUAAUUCAUGAUUUAAGAGACGUAAUUUUCAGAAGAGUUAAAAAGUGUGAAAUGGUAGUUCAUGAAAGCUAAAAAUGAUUUAUGUUUGUU